AUCAAGUACCUUUUUGAAAACCACACAGCUUAUUUGGACCGCAUCUACAUUAUAUUUUCACUACUGGCAUAGAGGAUAUUAAUUAGAACCCAAUGGCUACAUAUCCUGAAAUUAAGAGCUAGAGCUACCAAUUGGUUUGUGCAGAGAAAUAGAAUUGAGCUUUGCAGAGCAGUGACGAUGGUGAGAACUCCAUGUUGUGAGAAGAUGGGCUUGAAGAAGGGAUCUUGGACACGAGAAGAAGAUCAGAUAUUGAUUUCUCACAUUCAACGAUAUGGCCAUGGAAUCUGGCGUGCCCUUCCAAAACAAGCUGGUCUGUUAAGGUGUGGUAAGAGUUGUAGACUUCGUUGGAUAAAUUAUUUGAGUCCAGAUAUUAAACGAGGGAAAUUCAGCAAGGAAGAAGAAGAGAUCAUCCUCAAAUUACAUGGAAUUCUUGGAAAUAGAUGGGCUACUAUUGCGACAAGAUUACCAGGACGAACCGACAACGAAAUAAAGAAUUUUUGGCACACCCAUUUGAAGAAGAGGCUUGAGAGAAGUAAAGUGAUAAAUACCUACUCUAAUCCCUUGCAAGAGGCACAAACAGCUUCUAGUGCAAGGACUUUAAUAAGUGUUCCACGAGUAGCGGUGGAAGCUUCGGGUGCUUCUUCUAGUAGAAAUCCACCUAUUGUAGGUCUAGGAUUUUAUGGUGUUGCCUCUUCUGAUAUUCUAGGACAAAUAAUUGGCAAUAGUUCUCACAGUCGUCAGAUCGAUAAAGAACUGGAAUUUCGGUCUAAUGUGUAUAUGAACAGUCAUCACAAGGGUAUGAAAAUGUAAGACAUGUUGCAUAAUAAAUAUGUAUGGAUCUGAGUACUGUGGCGCUUUCUAUAGGGUUUUUAUUGAUAAUCGCUUCAGCUGUGUUUGUGUGCAAAAUUUUAUUACUUAGUUUCACUUUGAUUUUGGCAAGGAAGAAAUGUAACAAAGGCUGAAGAAGGUUAUGUAUAGUUAGGAGGAAUAGUGACAUUUUGUUUCAUCUUGUAUCCUGAUUCCUAAGUUCUCGAGUUUGUAUAGUGUACGUAUUCGGUAUUUCUUUUAUAAAGACGUGAAUUAAAUUUUAUUUA